AUGAUCAAUAUCGUUCGUUUUAUUAUCAUUUUUCAUCUUCCUCUCGUUUAUUCCAACCAUUUCUACGGUGGAACAAUCACAUGGAAACCAGUGAAUAAUACUGAUUUUAGUUCAACAGUUCCGAUUAUGUUCACUCAAUCUUACCAAUGGCGACAAACACAAACACAUUGUGAUGACACCUUUCUCAAAAAUCAAACAAGGAAAAUUCCAAUGAAUGGAGAUAAACUUCAAUGUGUUUUGAAUUCAUCAUGUUCCACGUACACCGCAUUAAGUGUUAAUGGAUAUUGCACUGAUUACAGUAUGCUUAUUGACACCAGUUCAAGUCAAAUCUCAGACGUCGAAACAAUUGACAUGGAUUCGACAUUUUGUGUAGCUUAUCGAGGUUCAACAUGGCCAGGCAUUAUAACGAACAGUUGUGGUUUCAGUUGUUAUGUUGACAGCGCGAGAUGGUCUUUAGGUUGCUGUCUUAAUUUAACAACACGGGAGGACGGUUUUAUUAAUUCAGCACCUGUGGCAACAGUCAUUUCACCGAUUUAUGUGCCGACGAACACGAUAAAUGUCAUAACAAUACCGGUUACUGAUGCGGACGAUGAUAUCUUACGUUGUCGUUGGGCGAGUAAUACUUCAUUAUUUGACGAAUGUGGUGAUAUUUGUGGAAUAGCCUCUGGAUGUACACUUUACGAAGAAAACUGUACACUGAUAUUUAAUAGUACAGGAAAACAAACGGGUGAUUAUUAUGCUGUAGCAUUAAUGGUCGAAGAUUUCUACAAUGACACGAAUAGUACAGCUUUAAGUAGUGUUUCAAUACAGUUUUUAAUUCAUAUUGUUGCGAAACCUUCAUGUUAUUCGAAGCCGACCAUUUCGUUGAAUUCAUCAAUUAAUACAACUUUAGAGGUUGGAACAGAAUACUCCUUCACUUUCAUCAUUAAGACGAACUGUUCAGGUGUAUCGAUUGUUGAUUAUUAUCGAUCACCGUUAUUAAAUAUGGGUAAAAGCAAUUUAACAUAUAAUACUACGAAUAACCUAUGGACAAUUACUGAAACAUGGAAGCCAACGGCAAACCAAGUUGGCUCUCAAAUCUAUUGCGCCGUAGCAACUGACAGUGUUGCAAUCCAAUCAGAUUUUUUCUGUUCAACAUUUCUUGUAAUUGCAAUCAUCGAUGACAUUCUGGACAACAAUGAUUCCAAUAGCACAGGAGGACCGUCAAUGAAUUAUACUGAAUAUAAUACCAAUUUAAAUCCAACAACAUUCCAAACAAUAAUUCUGACGUCGGAGACGACUACGACAACAGAAACUACAACGACGACGACGACAUCGGAGACGACAACAACUGAGACCACAACAACGGCUUCAACAAGUACUGCCUCAACAUCAACCACUUCUACAGACUCUACAAGUACUUCAUCAACAUCAUCAAGUUCGACCAGCUCCACAAGUUCCUCGUCAACGUCGACAAGUUCAACGAGCUCAACAAGCACUUCGUCGACAUCGACAACUACAACCACAGAAACAACAACAACGACCUCAACAUCAUCAUCAUCUACUACAACUACCACAGAAACAACAACAACAACAACAUCAACAACAACAACUACGCCACAAGAAUCUGUCACUGUUAUAGGAUUGGGUCUAGGACUUGGCUUACCGUUAGGCUUAGCAUUUAUAGCACUGACGGCGUUCGGAUUGUACCGUGGAUCUGCUGCACUAUUAGGGUUCGACUCGCAUCACAAAUUCUUUAGUCGCCCUGGCAGCUCAAUCAACCAAGUUGGUUCACUUGAAAAAUUUACGGAUACCGCGGAUAAGAGUCUUAAUUCUCAGAUUGGUCUCGAUGAGUAUAAUCUUGAAGAGAUUCAUACUAUUAACGAAACCAUGACAAAUGAACAAACAAAUACGCCAAAUGAAGCUCUUCGUGAUCUACAAUCAUUAUCUACUGAUAGUCAAAUAAACCGUCUUAGUCCUACUGAACCUUUUACAAAUAAACAGGCGUUAUCAACAAACGAGCAGGAACUACUUCCAAAAGCAAAUUCCUUUGCUACUGUUUCUAUUUCUGAUUUUGAACUUAAAAAUCUGGAUAAAACACCGUCGCCUCCACCUACAUUCUCAAUAAAACCAUUGGUUUCACCAGUGAUCUCCCCACCACCACCGCCAGAGGACAAUGAAAAUAUUGGACACAUACAAACAAUAUCUAUGGAUAUGAACUCAACGCCAUCAACCCAGGCAUUUUCAUUAGACACAAAUACAUCACCAUCGAACGGUUCGAUUCUUGUCAAUGCUUAUUCAGAACAAGAAAAUGAUCGAAGAAAUGUUGUCUAUCGACUCGCUUGA